AUGAGUACCCUAGCAUGUUCGAAGGAACAAAACGAGACGACCUCCAAAUCCCAAGUUUCCAACGUGGACGAAGCAGUUGCUGAAGGAAUCGCCAAACUUCCAGAACACAAACAAAUGGCCAACGCUGCUCAGGCCGAAUUGACCGCUCAAUGUAUGCAGCGACAUGCGAAAGAACUUGAGGCAAGGACAGCUGCUGUUACCGGUGGGGUCAUUCCCAAGGAUUCGGCUGCGGCGGUUGCGCAGAGUGCAGCAGAUCGCGCAAAGCAUAUUGCUGACGAUAUGCAGGCUAUUGCUCUUCACACGGAAUCACCAGCUCAUAAGAAGAAGACCCCUGUCGCCCAAGCCAUAGAGUUGAAGAUCCAUGCUCAGGAUCAAAUGUCACAAGAGAUGCGCGACUCAAUUCACAGCAGAGUUUUCAAAGCGGAGGAAGGAAGCGAAGCUUCGAAGCUUAUGAGCGAAGCGCAAAAAAUGUUGCAUGAAGUAUUGAGUGCGAGACAGGCGAAGAGAAAGGCUGAGGGACUCCCAGAGCGAGACGAUCCCGUCAUGAAAGAGAUCAAAGAGGCAAUUGCCAAGAAGGAGUUGGCCCGUGAGCUAAUGUCCCGCGAAAUGAAACAAAAGGGCCGCGUCGACAAAGAUUCCCCUGCUUCCAAGCUCAUGAGCGAAGCUGACCGAAUGUUAAGGCACAUUGCCGAGGUCCAUGGUGGCAAAAAUCUUGACACCGGACCCGAGAAAGCCAUUAUUGAGUCCCUUGCGCGGAUUGCCUUGCAUGAAGACAAUCUUCCAGUUCCAUCGGAGGGUGCUAGAGAGGCGAUCGCUGAUGUCAAUCAAAUGAAAGAAGGCGAAAAGAAAAAGAUCAGAGAUGCUCUUGCAAAAUUAACGCAUGAAGAAGUCGAGGAGCUACCAAAGAAGGAACAGGUCAAAAUUGCGCUUGAAAAGAAAGCCAAAGCAGCUGAGUUGAUGUCCCAAGAGAUGAAGCAGAAGGGUAGGGUUGAUCCAAAGCGUUAUGGAGAUGAAGCGGCCAUUUUGCAAAGUGAGGCAGAUUCCAUUCUGCAGCCCAGAGAGGAAUAG